UGUCAGGGGGGAGAAAUGGGACGGACGGACUUCCGGCGCCCCAAGAGCGGAACGUGCGUCCGAGGGAAGUACGUGUCCUUCCGGUACCUGUCAGGAGGGGGAAGGGCGGGGAAUGAGCCAGAGCCGGAGCAGCUGAAGCCGCAAGAAGCGACCAGGGAGGGCGUCAUGGAGCUUGAGACGAUGAGCAGAUAUACCAGCCCAGUGAACCCGGCCGUCUUUCCGCACCUGACGGUGGUGUUGCUUGCCAUCGGCAUGUUCUUCACCGCCUGGUUCUUCGUCUAUGAAGUAACCUCUACCAAGUAUACUCGGGAUAUUUACAAGGAAUUGCUGAUCUCCCUGGUGGCUUCACUCUUUAUGGGCUUUGGAGUGCUGUUCUUACUGCUGUGGGUUGGAAUCUAUGUGUGACGAUUCCAGAAGACUUGCUCAAGCACCUUUUUUUAUUUUUGUACUUAAUACGGUUCAUCAUGUUUGAAGACUGAGCAAAUCCUAACAUUCUGGUAGCCCAGGGUACAAUAACAUCAGAUCAAUAAAUCUGAGUCUGUGAUGAACUAA